UCUGGGCCCAGGGAACAGCUCAGGGACCCUCGGAGGCCGUGGAGGGAGGAGGGGGUGCUGCGGCCCAGGAUUCCCGCUGGAGGAGCACCCUUCCCGCAGGCGUCCAUCUGCUUUGCUGGCCCAGUUCCGAGUGUUUGUCUCAUCCCUGCAACAUCGUUGAGAUCAUUCUAACAGUUCAUUCAUUUUCCAGAUGGCGGUGCAGACCAGUACGACAUGGACAUAUACCUUCCCGGAGGAGGAAGAGGAAGUGCCAGUGAUAGAGGACCAUCAGGAGCAAGAGGAAGCACUGGCCCUUGCCAGGCCACGCAGUACCCAACGCGGAUACAACCACCGCCACCACCGCAGCCGCCGCAGCCAGGAGAAGAAGUUGCUGAGGUGCGAUAGGUCCCUGAUUGUGGAUGAUGUCAUGAAGCUGCUGUGCAGCCUCUGUAAGAAGAAGGAGAUGAAGGUGGCCGUCAAGCACGUGCAGCGUGGCGCCACGGUCAUGUACACCGGGGCCGUCAUCGGGGGCCUGGUCGGGGGCCCACCGGGACUGGCCGUUGGGGGCGCCGUCGGGUUGCUCUUAGGGACCUGCAUGACGUGGGGGAAGUUUAAGUCCGUCCCUCAGAUCCUCAUGGAGCUGCCGCCCGCCGAGCAGGAGAAGCUACACAGCGGGGUCAUGGCCCUCGUCAAGAACCUGGAGUGGACGGACGUGGAGCAGCUGACCAAGCUGGUCUUGGAAAACAAGGCCGUGCAGAAGCAGCUGCUGAAGCUGCUCGAGGGCUACCUCACCAAGGAGCUGGGGGUCUCAGUGCUGUACGGCAACUAG